AUGGUCGAUCGAUGUCCUGAUAUUCUCGGAUCAACACGAAUAGCGACACGUCAAGAUGAUUUAGUGCACAAAGUCGAUGCGAGAACACGACGAGAGAUGUUCUCCGGUCUCGUUUCGGACGACUCGGUACACGAGCCGCCUCACCUAUGCCUCGAGGCUGAUGAACGAGUGUCGAGUUCUGCGGGGAUUCAUUUCGACGAAGACAACGUCACGGGAUUCUCGAGCGAUCUGGCCGUGGCCAAAGCGGGCAUUCGAUGGCAUCCGACUUAA